AUGUCGUCCUCUUCGCAGGGAGAUCUCCCUUCACGGACCCCCACUACCUCCAACUCCUCCAGCUCCGGCUCUCACACGCCCCAGCAGAAAGACAAUUCUUACAGUCAAGCCGCCUCCUACUUCUCCUACCCGGUCAGUCACGUCGUGUCGGGUCUGUAUCGUCGCCUUACAGACCCUAAUAUUGCGAGCAACGCACCACCCACUAUGCCGUGGUCCAUGUCAUCCUCCUCGUCCUCGGUCUUCACGCCACGCCGAACAGCCUCGCCCUUCCAACCUCCGCCCCUCACACCCGUUUCCCUUACAAUCCCCAAAGGCCAAGACCUUCUCCAGCAGCAGCUCUUGACGCGCGCACUGGCAGAGGAAAUCCGCCUGCUAGUCCCAGCGCGUCUCCAACUCGUCGAGAACUGGCGUCUCGCAUACAGCCUCGAUCGCGACGGCGCCUCCCUAGCCACCCUCUACGAUAACUGCCUAGAGUUUUCCCACCGUAGCCCGCGGGCGGGCUUCAUUCUUGUAGUGCGCGACUCCUCCCCCGCCGGCGCCGUCUUCGGGGCAUACAUGACCGACCUGCCGCACCCCAGCUCCCAAUUCUUCGGCACCGGCGAGUGCUUCCUCUGGCGCGCAAGCGUGCUACCACCCCCAGCCAGCCUGGGUCUUGCAUUCUCGGGGGAUGGGCCUCAGACGGAAGAGGCCCUCGAGCGCGCAGGUCUCCCACCUCCCCCUUCCGCAGAUACCACCCACGCCGGACGAUGGAGCACAUUCCGCAGCGACCCCUCGGCUAAAUCGAGAACCGGAUCCCCGGCCCACAAUCUCAACAUGAAUAUCAAGACUAAUCUUGCGGCUGCCAGUGGCGGUGCACUGGCUCCUCCGUCGCCUUCGUCUGUCGGCACGCCCUCCCGCAGUGGGGCGAGUACCCCGGAGCGCAUCCGCUUCAAGGCUUUCCCGUAUAGUGGCGUCAAUGACUAUAUGAUGUUCUGUGAGACUGGCUUUUUGAGUUUAGGCGGCGGCGAUGGAAAGUACGGUCUCUGGGUGGACUCGGGCCUCGAGAAGGGCGUCAGUUCCCACUGCCAAACAUUCGGAAACGAGCCUCUUUCAGAUGAGGGAGAAAAAUUCGACAUUCUCGGUAUUGAGGUGUGGUACGUUGGCUCCUGA